AUGUCCUGUUCCGUCAUCGGGUCCGCCAGUGCGGCUGUCUGUGUUUCAGUACUCCUAGUUUUCUUGCCUGACGUCAGCGCACAACACCAGGAAGACGUACGAAACAGCUUCGAGCUUGCAGCCAGGGCAGCAGAUAAAGCAAGUGGCGAUGACUACGCCAAAUGGUUCAACACUUUUAAGACUACCCUUCUAAAUAUACACUGGUUUAGCCAACAAGAUGGACGUGAGGAAGAGGUCAAUGGAUUGGUCUUUGACUCUUUAAAUGUGUCCAAAUCGGAGCGCGAACUGCUCACCCGUGCUUUGAACGCCCUCCAGCAGAAGGCUGAGAACGAAGAAGCACUAAAGCUGUUCAACCAGGGUGCUCUUGCUCAAGUCAAUCAAGACGUGGUCUCCCGUUUGCUUUUUAUUGGAGGGGGGAGUUACCAUGGCAAGUUCCAGCUUGCCAUUUGCUCGGAGAAAAAUGGUGCCAUUGCAGUUUCUACUUCCUAUGUCCACUUCAGCGUCGAUGGGGCGCAAUACAGCAGCGUUCUCUAUGCGGAUGGCAAGGUGGAAACGAAGACUACACUCUCGGCCCACGUGCUUGGUUUGAAUGAGGAGCAAUACAGAAAGGUUCGUGAAUCGAUCAAGAAAAAACUUGUGGACACUGGGGUAUCCGAGCAAGCGCCCGUCGUUGGGUUGUAA